GGUCAUAGUUUAGAUUAUUUGUGGAACUACAAAGACCACAAUGCAAUUUGCCUUUGCCGCUCACAUCCGCUUGACUUGCUCUGUGUGUUGGAAAAAGGACUUUGUGAAACUGCAGCGAUGUCAGUCCAGGUUGUGGCAGCGAAAAUGGCAGAGGUCGAACUCAAAGACGUCCCCACCGGUAAGGACUUACCGGCUGAAUUCCCGGUGACAACGACCUCAGAGGGCAAGAACCUCGGCAGGAUCGACCCGCACGAGGCCGGUUCCUCAGCCGCUGCGUCCCCCACAGCGGAGCCCUUCGUUAAAGUCGGGGAAGGCAGCCUGGGCUUGCUCACUCCGAACCCCGUGAAGAUGCCUCAGGCGUCGGCUAUGAAGCGGUCGGACCCGCAGCAGAACGGUGGAGAGGCUUUUGUCAAUCGUGACGGUACCGUUGCCGAGGCUCCGCGGAUGAAAAAGCAGAUCCAGUUUGCAGAUCAGAAACAGGAGUUCAACAAGCGUCCCUCCAAGAUCGGCCGGCGUUCUUUGUCCCGCUCCAUCUCCCAGUCCUCCACAGACAGUUACAGCUCAGCGGCAUCGUACACGGACAGCUCUGAUGAUGAGACAUCUCCUCGGGACAAACAGCAGAAGAACUCCAAGGGCAACGGAGACUUCUGCAUCAAAAACAUCAAACAGGCCGACUUCGGACGCAGAGAGAUUGAGAUCGCCGAGCAAGAGAUGCCUGCCCUGAUGGCUCUGCGGAAGCGAGCCCAAGGAGAGAAACCCCUCGCUGGUGCCAAGGUGGUGGGCUGCACCCACAUCACUGCCCAGACUGCUGUGCUGAUGGAGACUCUGUCAGCAUUGGGAGCUCAGUGUAGAUGGGCAGCCUGUAACAUCUACUCCACCCAGAAUGAAGUGGCAGCUGCCCUGGCAGAGGGAGGUUUCAAUGUAUUUGCAUGGAAGGGUGAGUCAGAAGAUGACUUCUGGUGGUGCAUUGAUCGCUGUGUCAACGUGGAAGGCUGGCAACCCAACAUGAUCUUGGAUGACGGUGGAGACCUCACCCACUGGAUCUAUAAAAAAUACCCUAAUAUGUUCAAAAAGAUCAAGGGCAUUGUAGAGGAGAGCGUUACCGGUGUACACAGGUUGUACCAGCUGUCAAAGGCAGGAAAGCUGUGUGUCCCAGCCAUGAACGUUAACGAUUCAGUGACCAAGCAGAAGUUUGACAACCUCUACUGCUGCAGGGAGUCCAUCUUAGACGGCCUGAAGAGGACCACUGAUGUUAUGUUUGGGGGCAAACAGGUGGUGGUGUGUGGAUAUGGAGAGGUUGGAAAAGGCUGUUCUGCUGCCCUCAAAGCAAUGGGCUCCAUUGUUUAUGUCACAGAGAUCGACCCCAUCUGUGCUUUGCAGGCCUGCAUGGACGGCUUCCGGCUGGUGAAGCUGAACGAAGUCAUCAGACAAGUAGACAUUGUCAUCACCUGCACAGGCAAUAAGAACGUAGUGGUGAGAGAGUAUCUCGACCGCAUGAAGAACGGCUGCAUUGUCUGCAAUAUGGGACACUCCAACACUGAGAUCGAUGUGGCAAGCCUGCGCACUCCUGAACUGACCUGGGAGAGGGUGCGCUCUCAGGUAGACCACAUCAUCUGGCCUGAUGGCAAGAGGAUAGUGCUCCUGGCUGAGGGUCGUUUGCUGAACCUCAGCUGUUCCACUGUGCCCACUUUUGUUCUCUCCAUCACUGCCACCACCCAGGCUCUGGCUUUGAUAGAGCUGUACAAUGCCCCUGAGGGACGCUACAAACAGGAUGUUUACCUGCUACCUAAGAAGAUGGAUGAAUAUGUGGCCAGCCUUCAUCUCCCUACAUUUGAUGCACAUCUUACAGAACUGACUGAAGAGCAGGCCAAGUAUCUGGGCUUGAACAAGAACGGGCCUUUUAAGCCAAACUACUAUAGGUAUUAAACCAGUGCUGAGGCUGUACUGAGGAAAUACCAAUACUUCGAGAAUCGCACAGAUGUGUAGAGGGAGAGGAGAGGUAUGAUAAGGAGGACAGAAAGAAGGAUGAACUGAAGGAUUGACAGAAUAGUCAACACACCUGCAUUAUAUAUCUUUUGGGGGGCUUUCUCUGCACUUAUGGCAGUAAUUUUAUUUAUACACACUUGACAACAGUAACAUUAAUUCUAUGGAGCUGCUCCUGCCAUUUGCCGAUACCUGGCGUUGUCUUGUGGGAGGUGUUUGACUUCCCUUACUUUCAUGUUUCACAACCGUUAUCUCUUUUCUCUCAUUCGUGUGUUAAGCUGUAUGUAAGCCCUCCAUCCUCCCUUCCCAUUGCCAGAUCUUUUAAUUGUUUAAAUAUUAAAGAUGGUAUUAUUGGCGCUAAAUGAUAUAUACUCUAUAUAAAAAAAAUGAUUAAAAAAAUGUGUGUGAAUGAUGACGUUAUUUGAAGAUUUAGUGAUUUAAAUUUUUUCCUGUCUUUUUUUGUUGUCUUUUCUACUGGUGAUUAUAUUUUUGUUUUCUCUUGUGUAAUAUUUGCAAGACUGGGGUUAUACAUGGUGGGAGGGGGUUAGGCAGGGUCUCAGGGUCCAAUCAUAUCAUGUCCUUUAUUUGAUGUCAUGGAGAUUCACCAUUGUGUCUGUUUUUAAACAUUUUUUUAUUAUGCCUUCUCCCCCUUCAGAUCAGCCUGCUUCUUUCUUGGCUUUCAGCUGCUCACAUAGCACUAGUGUUGACAUAAUGAAAAGUAUUGCAAACUAGUCCUUUACCAACAAUGACUGUACUGUAUUAAAAGCAUGAUAAGUUAGCAGAUCAUUAUGAGAUCAUUAUGAAGGGUGUAAUGUAUAUUUAGAUAUUUAAAUAAAAAAAAAUCUCUCCUGUGGCAUCUAAUAUAACUUUUGAGAGAAAAUCAAUUUGUCAUAAAGAUAAGCAAUCAAAAGUUCUAAUGAAAGUAUAAUAAAUGUACUUAAACCUUCAUUUUUUUAAUACUGUGACAAAAACGUAUACCAAAUGUGCAGCAAGUAGUUUUCAGUCCAGUACUUGCGCAUAUUUCUUUGAUCAGGUUGUCCUUGAAAGGUAUGGUGCUGUCUAGAUUUACUGUACUUACCAUACACAACACAACUCUUUGGUACUCACAAGUCAGGACAUAAAAACAGUCAUGUUUUAUCUUGUUUCCAUCCAAGAAACUUCUUACAAAUGCGUGUGCAUUUGCUUUUAAAGGUAAUUUCGACCUUUUCCCACCUGAGUCAUUCACCUUUCCAGUAUAACGAGCUGCACAGUCAUCCCCAGCUGGCCAGAUGGUGGAAGUUAGAAAGUCCUAACAGGCAUCUAGGCUGACAGCCAAUUGCACCCCGUCGCUAGACCGGCUCUGCACCAGAACCAAUCAGAUUCUCUGCUAGCCUGCUGGGAAAUGACGCCAGCUCUUUUUUUCACAGACUGGGAUGGCAGUAAUUCAUUAUCAUUAUCCAGGUCUUAAAAUGUACUGUAUGUGGAAAAUACAUUUAAUCAUUUUACAUAUUUAAACUGGCAGACAUGGCACAGAAACUUUACCAGCUAAAUAAAUACUCAAGAUACAUACACUUGCAAAAUUCAUGCUUUUUUUGUGUGUGAAUAUAUCAUUAAUGUAAAUAAUAUUUAAUACCAGGAAUACUUUGACAUUUUAUUAAGUAUGGCUAUUCACUGUCUUGCUGCAAAGUUAAGAGGAUCAGAACCACUUUGUUUGUUAAAUAUGCUUAGCUUAGCAUAAAAACUUGAAAUAGAGAAAAAGGUUCACCUGGGUCUGUCCAGUAACAAAAUCAGCAUCACCUGGCCUUUAUGCUAAAUUAAGGUAACCAGCUGCUGGCACCAGUGGCACAGUAUUUAGCAUAAAUUCAUUAGUGGUAUACAUUUUUGAUCUAAUUCUCAACAAGAAGAAAUGUAUUUCCCAAAAUAUCAAACUAUUUGGUUUAAAAUUUCUAGGUGUCUGUGCACCUCUCAGAUAAACUUCUUACUCUACGUCCAUAUGCCACAAAGUAAGGACAAGAUCUUGUACUGUGUCAUAGCCCAUGCAACCUCACCGUCACACUAUUCCCUGAAGAUGUCUGUGCAUUUCUCUCCUUGUGCUGUUGAGAAAGUAGUGUGACCUGUUGUCAGCAUCCAGUAGUUCUUAAAGCUGUCUUAAGUCUUUUCCCCCUUUUGUAAGGUGUGAAUGUGUGCAUUAAAGAGUAUUUGAACUCUUGAGAGAAAACAGAGGUGAUUAUAGCUGAUGUGUGUGUGGCUCUCUGUCUUUAUUUGUACAUAUCCUUUUUUUUUUGUAGUCCAUGGUUACUUUAACACCUGUCUCAGGAUCGUAGCCUGUGCAUUAGUUGGAGAAACCUUUGUUUUUGUUUUUGUUUUUUUUUUUGGUCAGUCAUAAACUGACAACACAUGGGUGGGUGGGGGGAGACACCAGCAUCAUAUAUGUAUAUACAUAUUAUAUACAAAUAUGACAACCUUUAAAAAGUAUAGGAAGGUAAAAGAAAAGUCAACUUAUGUAUUUGUUGUUGUAAAUCCUCAUUGCAAACUGGCAAAAUUCUCAAACAUGUUUUAAGUUAUUGAAUAACAAAAAAAACCCCUGUGUUUAAAUAUUACAAGUGAUCAUAGUAGAUGAG